CAUAAACAAGAGCAGUGAACUGGUGAGUGGAUCAUGGAGCAUCGUUUUGACAGGGCAGCGGCGGUGCUGUCACCGCUGGAGGAGUCCAGCGCCGAGGUGAGCAGAGACAGCGGCAUCGUGUCGCAGAGCGCCAGCAGCUUGUCUAUGGUUAGCGAGGCCCUGAGCAGCGGUUCCGUGUCUCAGAGCUCGAGCUUCGGCGCUGCAGUGGCCCAGGACCCGAGCUCUGCUGCGGGAGAAACCCAGGAACACAGCGAGCCGGAGCAGACACAAGACGACGAGCUACUGAGACACACAGCGAUAGCAUACUCCUCCUAUAUGAGAGCAAAUGCCGAAGAAGAGGCCCUGUGCUUGGAGAGAAGUCUGGAGGAAAUGCUUACAAGAGUAGAUGAGUUUGUGGGAAUGCUUGAUAUGAUUAGAAAUGACACUUCUCAGGUGGUCAAUGAGAACCUGCCACAGAUACAAAGACAAUCUGAAGAGAUGAGAGAGAUAUACAGAAAAAUCGACAAAUUGGAGGCCUUUGUCAAAAUGGUUGGAGCCAAUGUUAGUGCCAUGGAAGAACAAGUCACUCAAGUUGAAGUUGAAGGUGAAGUUGGAACUCUACCAGGCGCCUUCAAAAAGAUCUUUCGCACAAUGAGCGUGCCAGGAUUUUUAAAUAAACGUGCUAGCCCAAGAAGGCAAACACAAAGACAUCAAGAGCUUCCCAGUGUAUUUAGAACAGAAGAUUACUUUAAAUCUCAGUCCGAGCAGUAGAAGAGAGACUCCUGUAUUGACUUUAUUAAGUACUUACCAACACCAGGGAUCUUCAACAUCAGAAAUGCUGACUGGGCGAUGAUAACCAGAUACACAUCUCAGAUACACUUUCCUGGGAUUGCAAAAACGAAACAUUUCGGUCACUUUAGCUUCCAAUUAUUUGAAUGAAACUUGAUCAAAGCGAAGUAUUAUUUUAGUAGACCAGUAAAAGGCAGCUAGUUUUAUAACCAACAGAAGCUUUGGUUUUAUUUUUUUUAAUUUUUUUUCAAAGUGCCUCACCAGGAAGUUUGAUGUUGUUUCUUAAAACUGAGAAAACAUGCUUGUAAAAUGUAUGAACAUUUGUUGAAAUGUUUGUAUGAUUUUUAUUUUCACUCAAACUUGUACAUAAUUUUACAUCUUUAUAAUUUUUUUGCCCUUGGCAUUUUCUUCCAAUGCUUGAGAUCUUUGCACUAGUUUCACUGUUGCUUUAACAAGCUAUUUAUCAUAUCGAGGUUUAAUAUCAGUGUCUGACAUAUGCUGACAAUGGAUAUUUUAUUCUUAAUGAAGCCAGUGUAAAUUACUCUGGUUUAUUAUGUAGCAUUUAGUGCCACUUUCCUCAGCAAAACAAUGUCACCACAACAAAUCUAGUUAGUCAUGGACCAUUUGCUUUUAUAUUGAAAUGUCCAUUGAUACUUAUGUUAUGCUAAAUGUGUUACAUGAUUAUAUUUGUAACUAAUGAUUGCCUAUUUGUACAUUUACAAAUGUAGCUUUGAGCAGUUACUAAUUUUUACUCCCAAUAUUGAUCAGUAAUGGCAAACAUAAAGAAUGGCUUUUCACUUAUAUCUCUAUUUUGUUCUGAACAGUUAUCAUACUUUAAGUGAACUGAAAAACUAUCCCUGUCUGACCUGGAAUUUUCUUGAAAGUUCUGUAUUUGAGAUCUAAGUUGAGAAUGUUGUAUGAUUUAAAAACAGAAACAUCCAUUUACUUUCCAGGAUGCCAGUUUUGAAGGCAAAGAAAGUUCUAGAACAAUUUUAAGUGUUGCCCAUUCACUUUUCAUCUUUAUUUGGCUUUAGUUUGGACCAUUAUAUCCAAAAGGUGUUCGCUUGUCAUUGAGCAGUUGAUGUACUUUGGAUAAGUUUACCCUCAAGUUAACAAUAAUUUCUAUUUCAAGCGACAUUUAAAAAAUCCUGUAAUGUGACCUGUGAUGAUGUACGAUUAGCAAAUGAAUCAUUCGGUUGAACCGGUUCUUUUUUUUAAUGAGUCGGUGGAACCGAGUUGUAAAAUAACUCAACCUUGGCCAAAAGCUUUGGGAGUGACAUACAUUUUGAAAACAAUGAUAAGCAUUUCAUGAGUUUUAAAGGCUUUUAUUGGCAAAAACAUUAAAUAUAUGUAAAGAGUCAAUAUUUACAGUGUAGGCCCUUGUUCUUAAUAACUUCUGCAGUUUGCUCUGGCAUGCUGGAUUUCAGCUUCUGGGCCAAAUCCUGACUGAUGGUGAUCCAUUCUUGCCUUAUUAGUGCUUGGAGUUGAUCACAAUUUGUGGGCUUCUGCUUGCCCACUCGCCUUUUGAGGAUUGACCACAGGUUCUCAAUGGGAUUAAGAUCCCACAUUUUUAUGUAAUGUAAUGAUCUCUGAGCCACUUCAUUAUCACUCUUGCCUUGUGACAUGGUGCUCCAUCAUGCUGGAAAGUGCACGGAUCAUCACCAAAUUGCUCCUGGAUCGUUAGGAUUAGUUGCACUUGCAGGACGUUUUGAUACCAUUCUUUAUUCAUGGCAGUGUUUUUGGGCAGAAUUGUGAGAGAGCCCACUCCCUUGGAUGAAAAGGAACCCCACACAUGGAUGGUCUCAGGAUGCUUCACUGUUGGCACGACACAGGACUCAUGGUACCGUUCAGCUUCUACGGACUAUAGAUUUUACAGAUGUCCCAAACAGUCGGAAGGGAGAUUCAUCAGAGAAGAUAACUUUGCACCAGUCUUCUGCUGUCCAAUCCUUGUAUUUCCUGCAGAAUUUCAGUCUGUCCUUGAUGUUUUUCUUGGAGAGAAGUGGCUACUUUGCUGCCCUUCUUGACACCAGGCCAUUGUCCAAAAGUCUUUGCCUCACUGUGCAUGCAGAUGCACUCACACAACCUGCUGCAAAUAUUGAACAAGCUCUGCACUGGUGGUGACACGAUUCUGUAGCUGACUCCUCAGGAGCAGACGGUCCUGGUGCUUGCUGGACACUGGGACGUCCUGAAGCCUUCUUCACUGCAGUUGAACCUCUCUCCUUGAAGUUUAUGAUGAUCCAGUAAAUGGUUCUUUCAGGUGCAAUAUUAUUUGCAGCAAUUUCCUUGCAUGUGAGGCCAUUUUGAUGCAAAGCGAUGAUGGCUGCACAUAUUUCUUUAGAGGUAGCCAUUGCGAACUUGAACACAAUGAUUGGAAGCACUUCUUCCCUCCCUGUAUAGCAAUCAGUCUGAUCUUAUAAUCCAAUCAGAAUGAUAGAGUGAUUUCACCUGACUUGUACUUGUUCACAUUUUCCCAGGUGCUGCUGAUAUGAUUUGUGAAAUUAUGUUAGCUGGUCAUUUUGUGCCAGGGCCAAAAAACUGUGAAAUUUGGUAAUAUAUUAUAAAUUUGAAAUGUAUAAUACAUUACAAGGUAAUUAUGUUGUUAACAAUGGUGUAGGAACUGUUGAACAA